UCCCGCAGCCGGUCGCGCCUCCGCCUCCCCCUUCCCGCGGGGCGAGAGCGAGAGCGAGAUCUGCGUCCUCCCUCCUCCUCCUCCUCCUCCCGCCCGCCGGGCCGCCCGCGCCGCAGCGCCGCCGCCGCCAACUGUCCGGGCCGGGCGAGCGCCCCCAGCUCCUCGCUCCCCGUCCCUGGCCGCGCCCCGGAAGAGGGGCUCCCGCUUCCUCGCUUCCGCACCCCCUGCCCCGCCGCGCCCAGGCGUCCGUUGGGCCGCGGCUGCCGUAGCCCGGCCCGGGGGCCUCGAGCUCCCGAUCUCUGCCCCCGGGCCGCGGCGGGGAGACGGGAAAGGCCUAGAGCCGCGCCCGCGCUCCCCAGGGGACUGAGGUCCCCCUAGGGGGUGGCUUCCGCCAGCCAGCCGGGAGCCACGGGCACCGUUUUUGUGCCUCCUCCGUGGCUGUGGCCGGGAGCCCGCGUAGCCCAGGACUUGCACACGCAGGCCUCCGGCGAGACAGCGAAGCGGGCGAUCUCAGGGCUGCCCGGAGCUCGGCGAGGACCCCGGCCCGUUCCCCGGGGGGGCCCCUCCUCAGCACCUGUGUGCGAUUUCUGUGAUGUAGCCCCUAAGAAAGGUGGCCAUUUGUUUUUUUGUUUUUCCCCAGGAUGCAGAAAGUAGAUGACAUUCCAUCCCCACUGUGUGAGCAUCUUGGAGACAGUGCCUUGCUAGAGAGGACUGUUGUUUUUCCCUGAUGACAUGGGAGGGAUUGUCUUGCUAUUGGAGAAGUACAUGAUCCCCGAAGAACUGUGAGCAGGUGCAGCGAGUGUGGGCUUUGAAGGGUAGCGAGCUUGCACCUCCCCGGGGGAGGGCCCGGGCCGCACAGUUGUUGAUGUGGAACAGGUAAUUGCUCUGUUUGGAGUUGCCUGUCUGCCCAGGAAUGUACUCCAGGGCCUGAUGGCGUUGGCGGAACUUGCGCUGCAAUAAAUAACCGAUAAGAGGAGGCAGUCUUAGGGCACACUUUUAGCUGGAAGUUCUUGGGGGACGGAAAAAUAGCUUGGAGUAGUGAGUGGUUCUGAGGAAGAUCAGGAAACAUCAAAUAAAAACUAGAUCUGGUCAUUUAACACGCAGCUCGCAAAUACCCAGCUAGAAGAAAACACCAAAACGAGGUAAAAUUCUGUAUGUAGGUCCAUUUCCCCUGCCUUGCAAUUAAAAUAAGAAUAUAUUCUUGGGAAGCUGUAGCAAGCACUACCCGGCGGGGAGACCUCCACCCAGGCUGCGCUGAAGCAGUGAGAACAUGCCCAGAUAGAAGAGCAUAGUGGGUCUGGCGGGGGCGGUAGCCUACGGAGCCGAGCGCCUCGGGGCUGACAGUAUUCCAGGUUGAAGGCCCCCAGCAGACUCUGAUCCACGUAUUAACAGGUGACCGGUAGCCGGCCCCGCUGUGAGUUGAACUCUUGCGUGUUGACCGGCCCCUCUCCUGCUCUCUGGAUGAUGUCAGAACACGACCUGGCGGAUGUGGUUCAGAUCGCAGUGGAAGACCUGAGCCCUGACCACCCAGGUACAGAGCUGUGGGACAGUAGUUGUUUUGGAGAAUCAUGUAGUGACAGAUGAAGACGAACCUGCUUUGAAACGCCAGCGACUAGAAAUCAAUUGCCAGGAUCCCUCUAUAAAGUCGUUCCUGUAUUCCAUCAACCAGACAAUCUGCUUGCGGCUGGACAGCAUUGAGGCCAAGCUGCAGGCGCUGGAGGCUACGUGUAAAUCCUUAGAAGAAAAGCUGGACCUGGUCACCAACAAGCAGCACAGCCCCAUCCAGGUGCCCAUGGUGGCCGGCUCCCCUCUCGGGGCAACGCAGACGUGCAACAAAGUGCGAUGCGUCGUCCCCCAGACUACAGUAAUACUCAACAAUGAUCGGCAGAACGCCAUUGUAGCCAAGAUGGAAGACCCCUUGAGCAACAGGGCACCGGAUUCCCUGGAAAAUGUCAUUAGCAAUGCUGUGCCUGGGCGUCGGCAGAACACCAUUGUGGUGAAGGUGCCGGGCCAAGAAGACAGCCACCACGAAGACGGGGAGAGUGGCUCGGAGGCCAGCGACUCUGUGUCCAGCUGCGGACAGGCCGGCAGCCAGAGCAUCGGGAGCAACGUCACCCUCAUCACUCUCAACUCGGAAGAGGAUUACCCCAAUGGCACCUGGCUGGGCGACGAGAACAACCCUGAGAUGCGGGUGCGCUGCGCCAUCAUCCCCUCCGAUAUGCUGCACAUCAGCACCAACUGCCGCACGGCGGAGAAGAUGGCGCUCACGCUGCUGGACUACCUCUUCCACCGUGAGGUGCAGGCCGUGUCCAACCUCUCGGGGCAGGGCAAGCAUGGGAAGAAGCAGCUGGACCCGCUCACCAUCUACGGCAUCCGGUGUCACCUUUUCUAUAAAUUUGGCAUCACGGAAUCCGACUGGUACCGAAUCAAGCAGAGCAUUGACUCCAAGUGUCGCACGGCGUGGCGGCGCAAGCAGCGGGGCCAGAGCCUAGCGGUCAAGAGCUUCUCGCGGAGAACGCCGAACUCAUCCUCCUACUGCCCCUCAGAGCCGAUGAUGAGCACCCCACCGCCUGCCAGCGAGCUUCCGCAGCCACAGCCGCAGCCGCAGGCGCUGCACUACGCCCUGGCCAACGCGCAGCAGGUGCAGAUCCACCAGAUCGGAGAAGACGGACAGGUGCAAGUAAUCCCACAGGGACACCUCCACAUCGCCCAGGUGCCACAGGGGGAGCAGGUCCAGAUCACGCAGGACAGCGAGGGCAACCUCCAGAUCCACCACGUGGGGCAGGACGGUCAGGUGCUGCAGGGCGCCCAGCUGAUCGCCGUGGCCUCCUCAGAUCCUGCGGCGGCGGGUGUGGACGGGUCGCCACUCCAGGGCAGCGACAUCCAGGUUCAGUAUGUGCAGCUGGCGCCGGUAGGUGACCACACAGCCGGAGCCCAGACAGCCGAGGCACUGCAGCCCACACUACAGCCAGAGAUGCAGCUGGAGCACGGGGCCAUCCAGAUCCAGUGAGCGGUGCCCACAGCACCAGGAGUGCCCACAACACCAGGAGCCCCUCGCCGGCUCCGCCCAUGGUCCGGCCCCCAUGCGCCCCGCUCUUACGGCUUCAGCACGGGCAGCGACUGCACGGGUUCUGCUGAAGCGUGUCUGACAGCUGCUGCCUCCACGGGAGAAGCGUCCUGUCCACUAAAAGAGCGGCAGCCCCGCCCCCAGCCGGAGACCCCUUUCGCCUGAGUCGUGCUGUCGGUGUAGGUGGACAAGGGGAGGCGCAGUGCGGAGAGCGUCGCCUAUGCGCGGGAAAUCAAGAACUAUGAUAUUUUUCUGUUUAAACAGCUUUUUUUAAUUUGCUAUGGUGUUUAUAACAAAAAAGAAAAUUUGAAAAAAAAAAAAUCCCAGGGGAGUAGCAGGAGCCCUUUGCUGUGUGCUCUGUUGAGUGUCAGGAGACAGGUGUUUGCAAAGCCAGUUCUCGUUCUGAUGGGGUAUUGCUGACCUACUUUUCUAGGGGAAGUGCUGUCAAACACUGUAAUUAUGCAUUUCUAAUGAAAUAAAAUGUAUUUAUGACCA